AUGGGUCGCGAAGAGCAGACUGAAGAGCGCGAGGUGCUCGAGUCUAUUUUCCCUGAAGAAAUCAAUGAUAUAUCUGAGACUGAGUUCCAGGUGAUUAUCACCUUGGAUGUCUUAGGCGAGGAGCCGGAGGAGGGCGAGUCGCCGGCUUUCUAUCUCCUUGUUAAAUAUCCUGAAGAAUAUCCCGAUGUGCCGCCUCAUCUGGAGAUCCAGGCUGCCCCUAACGCUGCUUCCCACCCCCACCUCAAUAUUUCCGAGGACAGAGAGAAGCUCCUCGCUGGCUUGGACGAGACAAUCCAGGAGAACCUCGGGAUGGCCAUGGUUUUCACGCUCGUUACUACACUGAAGGAGGCUGCUGAGCAGCUCAUCCAGGACAGGAAGGAUGAGGUCACAAAGGCGCACGAGGAGGUACUUCGCGCUGCAGAGAGAGAAGAGAAUAAGAAAUUCCAGGGUACCCCUGUGACACCCGAAACCUUUAUGAAGUGGAGAGCAGACUUUUUGAAAGAAAUGGAAGAGGUCAGGCUCAAGGAGGAGGAGGAGCGACUGGCCGAGCUGAAGAAGGCCAAAGUCAAGGAGCCUGUCAAAUUAACUGGGAAACAAUUGUGGGAGCGAGGCCUCGCCGGCAAGGGCGAUGAGGAGGAGGAAGAGGAGGAAGACGGCGAACUACCGGAAAAGGUGGAGAGGCUUAAGGUUGAGGCAUAG